AACUUACAGAUUAAAAAUUUAGUGUUAAACCAUCGGCCGUUAUCGCACAUACAGAUAAUAAUUAUAAUAAUUCCGUUCGUUAUAUACCGUUCGCUAAUAUUUUUUUUCCCGCAGUAAUAAAAAAAAUAAAAUCAGCUAAUAAACUCCGAGUGAAAUCGCAAGUGCGCAAUCUCGAUCCACCGCAGAGUACGCUGGCCGCACAUUACAAAAUAAUAAAUAUUCUAUUGUAAUAUAAACUUGAAGGUAUCCGAAAAACAAUGUAUCUUUCGUCGAACGAUGUCACGUCUGUGUUCAUUUUCACGGUACUGUUGAAUUUCUUUGACUUCAAUCCUGUCCACUUAAAGGAGGAGGAUAAGGAUGGCUUAACUUACUAUGCUUACAAAUCGUGUGAGAAGUGUUUGAAAUCGGAUUGCUACAAAUCAACACAAAAAUGCACGUACAGAACUGCAACAAAUAGGUAUCUAUGUUUUAGCUGUAAAGUAGACAAUCAAGAAAACAAGCAGUACUAUCAUGAAUCUGAUUGCACUAACGACUGUACAGCUGUUGGUUCUUAUUGUGCCUGCAACGGCCCGUGUUUCGUGUGCACGAAUAAUUUAACCGACACGUCGGGGUAUUACUGCGAUAUGCCGGACAAGAAUUGCGACGAAGAUUGUAAACUAACUCCGUACUAAUAUUAAUAAUGUAUUGAUUUUGCUACAGCAUCAUAAUAUGUUUUAAGUAUGAUUUUUGUUUUUAAAAAAUUAAUCUCGAUUAUAUAAACAUAUAAUGUAUCAUUUGUAUCUAUAAACAUCGCCACGAUGAUUUUAACAACACAGUUUUAGACCAUACAAUAUUUUUGCAAAUUAUAUUACUAUUAUUCAAUUAUUUUAUACAAAUAAUCUAUAGUAUUAUUCCUAUGUUAUUCGUUUAGUUAAAUCGACAAAUUAUUGUAUAACAAGUACUCUUAUACUAUCAUGUUAUGUAUUGUUGAAUCAAUAUUAAAUUUUUACUCAAUCGCAUCUAUCA